AUGGAGUGGGCUCUAAACUCACUCAACCCACUCACCGUGUCUCUCCUGGCCGGCCUCUUCCUCCUCGCCGUAACCCUCCUCCGGCCAAAACCUCCCGGCAAGAGACCCCCUGGCCCCAAGGGCAUUCCUGUCCUCGGCAACCUCCACCAGUUGGGCGACCUCCCCCAUGCCUCCAUGCACCGCUGGCGAUCGGCCCACGGCCCUGUCAUCUGGCUCAAGCUCGGCUCCGUCUACACCAUGGUCGUCCAGAGCUCGUCUGCCGCCGCCGAGCUCUUCAAGAAGCACGACCUCCCCUUCGCCGACCGCAAGGUCCCCGACGUGCUCACGGCCUACGACUUCAACCGCGGGACCCUCGGCAUGAACCAGUUCGGUGGCCACUGGCGGGUCCUCCGCCGCCUCUGCUCCAUGGAGUUCCUCGUCAACAAGCGCAUGAACGAGACCUCCUACCUCCGACACCGCAUCCGCGACAACAUGGAGCGCUGGAUACUCGAGGAGUCUGCCGCUAACCGGGCCAAGGGAGGCCCCGGGGCCGUCCAGCUCAGCAGGUUCCUCUUCCUGAUGGCGUUCAACCUUGUCGGGAACCUGAUGCUUUCGAGGGACCUGCUGGAUGCAAAGGACCCGGAGUCGAGGCAGUUCUUCGACUGCAUGAACCGGGUGCUCGAGCUGUCCGGGACACCAAACAUAGCCGACUAUCUGCCGUGGCUCAAGUGGAUGGACCCGGCUGGGAUGAGGCGGGAGAUGAAGAGGAACUUGAAGAUAACGAUGAGGAUUGCGUCGAGGUUUAUACAGGAGAGGGUCGAUGAGCGUAAGGCCGGGAAGAUCCGAGAGAAGAAGGAUUUUCUUGACGUGCUGCUCGAGUAUGAGGGAGACGGUAAGGACGGGCCGGACAGGAUGACCGAGAAGAAUAUCAACAUCGUCAUCACGGAAAUGUUCUUCGCGGGGUCUGAGACAACGAGCAUCAGCAUCGAGUGGGGAUUCGCGGAGCUUCUGCGAAGCCCGGCCACGUUCAAGAAGGUCCGGGAGGAGCUUGACCGGAUCGUGGGUGUUGACCGGCGGGUCGAGGAGAAGGACAUAGAGAACAUGCCUUACCUGCAGGCGGUUGUUAAGGAGGCCCUCCGCCUCCACCCGGUGCUGCCCCUGCUCCUCCCGAGGAACACGCAGGAGGCUACCGACUACAUGGGCUACCACAUCCCCAAGGGCACCCAGGUGUUCGUCAACGCGUGGUCCAUAGGGCGUGACCCGGAGGUCUGGCCGGACCCGCUCGAGUUCAGGCCCGAGAGGUUCCUCGGGUCCAACAUCGAGUACAAGGGUCAGCACUUUGAGUUGAUCCCGUUUGGGUCGGGCCGGAGGAUCUGCGUCGGGUUCCCCCUGGCCCACCGCACCGUCCACCUGGCGAUUGCCACACUGGUUCAGUCGUUCGACUGGGAUCUCGGGCCGGGCGUGAAGCCCGGGGAUAUCGACAGGGAGGAGAGGCUUGGGCUGACCCUGAGGAAGAAGAAUCCCCUGUUUGUGAUACCGACCAAGCGCCUAAAUUGUUGA